AUCAUGGCUGCGGCUUAUAAGCUGCAUUUAAAUUAGUUAUAAUGAAAAUUUCGAAAUAAACAAAAUGAUAUAAAAAUAGCAGCAACGAAAACAACUGCUAAGAACUAUGGUUAUGGUCGGAAAUCAUUUGGCAAAUGCGAAUACCACACUUAAUGAAUGUUGUAACUUAUUAUUGUCAGGGUUGAAAAGCUGCAACAACGAACCAUAUACCAAAAUAGCACAAGCAGCGCAAAAAGGGCUCCUGUUGAGAUUACAUAAAAGAAAACCGAAUGCAAAACUUACCUUGGUUUCAAUUAUAGAUCGACUUGGCGUUGCAUUUGGGCGCUGGUUCGCGUCGCGCUGCCUGCCGCAAAUACUUCCGACGUGCUCCAAAGUCGCUAUCAAACUUGCUUUGCAUUUUUAUUUGGUCUCGCAUUGAAAUCCCCACUGCAGAUACAC